AUGCGUGCCUCAAUCAUCCGCAAGUGGCAGACACUUGCGCCUCUGGCGGCGUUGUGCCUGCUUCUGCUGCUGCAGCUGUCGACCAUGGCAGAUGCUCAAGCAAUCAGCGCAUGCACUCUGAAUUUCGAAUCCGAUGGUUGCGUUUGCGACAGCGCAACCAAAUCGGUCGAUUGCUCGGACCAAGCGUUGACUGUCAUCCCCACCAGCAUUCCAGCAACCACCGAAUCGCUUGAUUUGUCGGAAAACAAAUUGACAAUCCUGGGGAAUGGCGCAUUCAGUACACUCGGAUCGCUCAAAUUUCUAUUCCUGACCAACAACGAGAUUUCUGCCGUGGCCGCCACGCCGUUCUCUGGAUUGACGUCCCUACAGCUUCUCGAUGUUUCGCGCAACUUGAUCGUUACUCUCCCUGCAGGGGCGAUUGAUGGACUGAGCGCACUGACGAGCGUCAACAUGGGCGGUAACAGGUUGAACACCAUCUCUGCCACCACGUUCGACAAUCUACCGGCAUUGCAAACCUUAAUCCUGUACCAGAACGCUCUUACCGUUGUCUCGGCUACGGCCUUCUCAUCGCUCACGUCGCUCACCACACUACAAUUGGACACCAACCCGAUUACUACUGUGGCCGCUGGCGCGUUUAGCCAACUCAAAAACCUGCAGACCUUCCGGAUCACAAACACACCCCUGACUUCCAUCCCUCGUGAUGCGUUUCGUACGGCAACCCAGCUGUCCACUCUCUACCUGUACGACAAUAAGCUGACCACGCUUCCGCCGGGCCUUUUCAAGGGGCUCACUUUGACCACAUCUUCCCUGACUGGCAAUGAGUUCGAGUAUGCUCCUCCAAGCACGUAUGGCACACCUGGCAAUCCCCGUCCUUCAUCUGCUGAGGCUGUCUCCAUCAAGUCGGCUUCUGCAGUCUCUGCCGCGACAGCCUCUGUUGCCAGCAAAACAUCCGCUUCUGUUGUGUCCAUCCAGAAGGCAUCUCUGGCUUCCGCUUCGUCCGCGUCCAAGGCGUCUGCUGCUGUUCAGAGCUCGAUUGCAGCGGUUGCUGCCUCGUCCACGAGCGCUGCUGUGAUUCAGUCCGUCGCGUCAGUCUCAUCCGCAUCGGUUGCCAGCGUGGCUUCAGUGUCGUCUGCAUCCAAGGCGUCGGCUGCUGUUCAGAGCUCGAUUGCAGCGGUUGCUGCCUCGUCCACGAGCGCUGCUGUGAUUCAGUCCGUCGCGUCAGUCUCAUCCGCAUCGGUUGCCAGCGUGGCUUCAGUGUCGUCUGCUUCUGCUGGCAGUAUUCGCUCGAUUGUUGCGCAGUCAACUGCGUCUGUUGCAUCCGCGUCCGGGGGCCAGUGCAGCUUCGGUUUUGUCAGCAUCGUCCGCUUCCGCGGCGUCUGUUUCGUCGGUUUCAGCGGCGUCCAUCUCGUCGGCUUCAGCGGCGUCCAUCUCGUCGGCUUCAGCGGCGUCCAUCUCGUCGGCUUCAGCGGCGUCCAUCUCGUCGGCUUCAGCGGCGUCCAUCUCGUCGGCUUCAGCGGCGUCCAUCUCGUCGGCUUCAGCGGCGUCCAUCUCGUCGGCUUCCGCGGCGUCCGUUUCGUCGGUCUCCGUGGCGUCCAUAUCUUCCGCCUCAUCGGUUUCUGCCGUGUCUGCCCAAUCUGCUGCAUCAGCAUCCAGUGCACGCGCAAUUGCUACGUUGUCUGCCUCUGCUGCAUCAGUGGCUUCUGCUUCCGCUUCAUCAGCAAGUGUUGCUUCGCUUAUUUCUGCGUCAGCGGGUCGUGCCUCAAGCGUUGCGGCCGCGUCCUCGGCUUCCGCAGCUUCCGUCGCGUCGUUGGCCACAGCCUCGGCCUCAUCAGCAUCACAAGCAAGUGUCGUAUCGGUCUCGUCUGCAUCAAAAGCGAGCAUUGCCGCCGCUUCAUCCCUCCAAGUUGCAUCUGCUGGAUCUGUUUCCAGCGGCAGCGUAGCGUCUGUGAAUGCCGUCUCCAGUGCCAGCGCCGUGUCCGCAUCCAACGUUAG